AUGGGCAACAACAGCACCAAUUUCGGAGUUCUUUCCGGUUUCCAGUACAUCCCCUGUUCGACCGGUUCAUCCGGCAGACCCUCCUUCCGACGCGCCUGUGAUGAAUGCCGGAGGAAAAAGUCCCGAUGUGAUAUGCUCCAUCCACAAUGCUCUCUGUGCUCUCGGAUUGGCAGCAGAUGCACAUACAGUGCUCGGUACAGGUUGCGAGAGGGAGAGGGCGAGCGAGACUGUCGUCGAAAGUCGGUGACCGCAACGAAUACAGCAAAGAACGACCGCAUCGCAACCGAUGAGGUCGAUCUGUCGCUCUUUGAUCUACAAAACUUGGAAAACUCUGUCGCUGGGUUGCUGCAUUCGUCCGAUGGAUUACUGGGGCUGAGUCCUUCGGUGGACGAAAUGACCGGGCUAAAUACAAUACCCCCCUCAGCGUACCAUUUCGGACAGGACUUUGACCAGCUCAGCGUCUCACCUGACAAUCGCUACGAUCUACUGGUUCCUCCGUCUCUCGAGGAGGAGCUUAUCAACAUCUAUUUCGACAAAGUUCAAGCCUUCUGUCCUCUUUUCCUCCGUGCCAAAUUCAAUUAA